AUGCCCAUCCCCAUAAUCACGCAGGGCAUCGUCGAGGGUUUAUCCUCCAUCCCGUAUUCGUACACCAUUCUCAAGGUCUUGCCAUUCAUCCUCAUUAUUGCAGCCUUGAAGUAUUACUUCGGUGGUGCGCGCAAUGACUCCGAACGGGUGAUGCACUCCAAGGUCGUGAUGGUGACGGGAGGCACCUCUGGGAUUGGAGCCAGCGUCGUCUACGAGCUCGCAUCCCGCGGCGCCCAAAUCAUCCUCCUCACCCAACAUUCCCAAUCGGACAUAUUCCUCAUCGACUAUAUCGAAGACCUGAGAAAGUCAACAGGAAACCAACUUAUAUAUGCGGAGCAGGUCGACCUUUCAUCUCUCCAUUCCAUUCGAACCUUUGCAACAAAAUGGAUCGAUAAUGUCCCGCCCCGCCGACUCGACAUGCUUAUCCUUUGUGCGAACACGGCGAAUCCCACCCCUUCCAAGCCAAGGGUCACAAUGGACGGAAUAAACGAGGAAUGGCAGGUCAAUUACCUCGCGAACUUCCAUCUACUCAGCAUCCUCAGCCCAGCGCUCCGAGUUCAGCCACCCCACCGAGACGUCCGCGUGAUAAUGACAACGUGUUCAAGCUACAUCGGAGCACCGAAACUAGAUUUUUCCCAGCUGGACGAAGAUACCAUCCCGAUCCACAAACAAACGACUAACAAGCGUACCCCCGCUUCAAAAAGGAUGGCCCCCAAACAGAAACGCCAGCCUCAGAAACAAAACAUCUUCAGUCUAAGCAAACUCUCCGUCAUGAUCUUCGCUAUCUCUUUCCAAAAGCACCUCAAUGCCUUCAAACGCCCCGAUGGCCAACCACCCUCUGCCCGCGUGGUUCUCGUUGACCCAGGUCAUUCCCGCACACCCGGAACCCGCCGCUGGCUCUCUAGCGGCUCUCUCGUGGGCCUACUCGCAUAUCUCGUUACUUGGCCAAUAUGGUGGCUUAUUCUCAAGUCCCCGCAACAAGGGGCUCAAACCAUCCUGUACGCAGCGAUGGAGGCGAAAUACGGUCGUGGAACUGGUGGGUGGAUGCUGAAAGAGUGUCAGGAGGUAGACUUCGCUAGGAAGGAAGUUGAGGAUGAGGAAGUUGGUAAGAAGUUGUGGGAGGCUAGUGAGAAACAGAUCGAGGAGAGGGAGAAGGAGGGAGCUGUGUUGCGGGCUUUGCAGAAGAAAGUAGAGGAGGAAAAUGAAAAGGCGAAGGCUCAGACCCAAGCUCAAAAGCCUGCAGCAUCUGGGGCCAAAGAGCAAAAGGCUGGAUCAAGAAGAAGCCGCAAGGGAAAUGGAAAUAAAUAA